AUGUCGUCAGAUACAAUGUUUUUUAAUAGCGCUAGGCUGCUUCCAGUAGAAGGAAAACACAAGGUGAAACAGUUGCGAAAGCCUGAUAGAGGGAAACAGUCAAGAGCUCAUGAAGUUCAGAAGCAACAACUUCCUAAUGGUGAACAACCUAACUUUGGUCACGGGAUUAAGAACUCAAAGAAGCCUCACAGUAAUUAUAAUGGACUUGGUUGGGGCAAAAGGAAGCCGAAGCAAGACGUAAAAAGCAGUAAUUCUAAUGGUAGUUUUGAGAAUGUUGUGCUGACUAAGGAUUUAAAGGAGCUUCUCUCCAUUAAUGCAGAUGAGACAGAAGUUGUCAAGGUUCCACAGAAUACUGUUGGAAAUCCUAAUGUUUAUGAGCACACGAAAAAUAAUUCUGGUGCUAAGGAAAAGGCAGCAGCAGCAGCUGUGUUUGCGGCAGCAGCAGGGGGUACAGUAUCAGACGUUCACACUAAUGGGGCCAACUAUUGUCGGCCUGGAUACCAUAUGCCAAUUUCGGCAACUGGCGCUCUGCGUUCCUCCCCUAUCAUUGAACACUCUACGUUACAUAUGCAAUCACCAUCAGCUAUAACAUUUCCGGGUUAUCAACCCUACAUGCAGCAUUUAGGCGGUCCCAAGAAGUUUCCCCAAAUGCACUCUAUGUCUCCUGGGACAAUGGCGACACCUCCUUCGGUAGGUCUACCACCGCCGAUUUUCACGCAGCCUAUGGGACUUUCCCAUAAGCAAACCCAAUUUUACCAGCCUUCGCAGCCUACCCAAGUGCCAUUAUCAGCGCAACCGGGUUUACCAGGCAGCGCCGGAACCGCUGGUACCUCAAGUUCCUCAGCCCCUCCUAAGAGGUCAUCUUCUUCUAAUACAGACGCAGGGAGCAGGAGAUCCCACAGUAGAAGAAGCAGCCAAAGUGGUAGCAGUGGCUAUGCGGGAGCUACAUUUGCUGCUGAUCAACCACAUCUCUCAUCCCUACCAAAACCUAGUUUUGUCUGA